AUGGUCUCGAACGGCGGCUCAGGAGCGCAGACUCCGCAGACCCAAGCCCAAGUGCAGCCAUGUCGGUAUAAGACUGGCAAGACCUUGGGCGCAGGUAGCUAUUCGGUAGUCAAGGAGUGCGUUCAUAUUGAUACAGGAAGAUAUUAUGCCGCCAAGGUUAUCAACAAGAGACUUAUGGCCGGCCGUGAACACAUGGUUCGAAACGAGAUUGCCGUACUGAAGAGGGUUUCCAUGGGCCAUAGAAACAUAUUGACGCUGGUGGACUACUUCGAGACUAUGAACAACCUCUAUCUUGUCACCGACCUUGCGCUUGGAGGUGAACUAUUCGAUCGAAUCUGUCGCAAGGGUAACUAUUACGAGUCUGACGCCGGCGACCUCAUCCGAGCCACGCUCUCGGCCGUCGCAUACCUCCACGACCACGGCAUCGUACAUCGCGAUUUGAAGCCAGAGAACCUUCUCUUUCGAACACCUGAAGAUAACGCCGACCUUUUGAUCGCCGACUUCGGAUUAUCACGUAUCAUGGACGAGGAACAAUUCCACGUGCUGACAACGACAUGUGGGACACCAGGCUAUAUGGCACCUGAGAUCUUCAGGAAGACUGGUCACGGAAAGCCAGUUGAUAUUUGGGCCAUCGGCGUGAUAACCUACUUCCUGCUUUGCGGCUACACGCCCUUUGAUCGCGACUCAAACCUUGAGGAGAUGCAGGCCAUCCUCGUGGCAGAUUACUCCUUCACACCCCUCGAAUAUUGGCGGGGUGUCUCCCUCACAGCACGAGACUUUAUUCGUCGCUGUUUGACCGUUGAUCCGGCGGGACGCAUGACCUCCCACGAAGCCCUUUCACAUCCCUGGAUCACCGAUCUUGGCAAGAACCCCCCUGAGAGCGAGGAAGACCUGCUGCCUACUGUCAAGAAGAACUUCAAUGCUCGACGUACGCUUCACGCCGCGAUAGACACCAUCAGGGCUAUCAACCAACUUCGAGCUGGAGGUGCCGCAGGCAUGAUGGAUGGUAGACAAUCAGGAGAGCCUCGACGUGGUGCACCACCAGCAAACAUCCCGCAGCCAGCCGAGGAGCCUGAUGAUCCUAUGGAGAUUGACAGCAGAGGGCACGGACACGGACAGACUGAAGAGAUGAUCCGUGAACAGGAGAGAAGGAUCAGAGAGACCCAGCAGGGGCUAUGGGGAAAGCGAUGA